CGCACGUCGAGAGAUGCGGACUCUCAACCAGAAACGUACCCGAAAUUUCAUGGAUCCUGGAGGUGUAGCAGUCGGCACGACGUCGUCGCACAUAAACUCGUCAUCUGAAACUGGUGUUUCGAGUAAUUUAUUUGGAGGCAUUGUUCAUUUGUUAAAGAUGUCGGAGCUCCGUUAAAUUUGGCGGUGAUUUUCUUUCAACGACCAGUACUGGUAAACAACAUUGCCAAUUUUGAAGGUUUGGGCUCUGGGCAAGUUUUGUAGAUUUGAUUCGUCAACGCGUUGCAGAGUAUCAUUCAUAUUGAGAAAUAAAGCCGGAAAUAGGCGCUUAUUGACGUAUUUGGAUGCGAAUUCUGAAUUUGGAAUCUUAAGUUCCAGGAAGAUUGAUAUGAUGGCGGAGGGGAGUACACAAUCUCGUUACGUGAAGCUUACGAAGGAUCAAGUGGACUUGCAGGAGAUUACGCCCGGGGAGCUUAACCAGCCUGUUCAGGUUCCUCAGUUGACUGUUCAUAGAUGCAGUGAGUGUGGUCAGCCCCUUCCUGAAAGCUAUGAGCCCCCAGCUGAUGAAGCUUGGACAACUGGGAUUUUUGGCUGUGCUGAAGAUAUGGAUAGUUGUUGGACCGGACUGUUUUGUCCAUGUGUGUUGUUUGGCCAUAAUGUUGAAAACUUGAAAGAAGAUAUUCCUUGGACCAACCCAUGCAUUUGUCAUGCUAUAUUCGUUGAAGGUGGCAUUGCACUAGCAGCAGCAACGUCAAUCUUCCAUGGUAUUGAUCCAAGUACAUCGUUUCUCAUCUGUGAAGGUUUGAUGUUUACUUGGUGGAUGUGUGGUAUCUAUACUGGUCUCUUUCGACAAUCACUGCAGAAGAAAUAUCAUCUCAAGAACUCUCCCUGUGACCCAUGUGUGGUGCAUUGCUGCAUGCAUUGGUGUGCAUUGUGUCAGGAACACCGAGAGAUGAAGGAACGCCUCUCUGAUAAUAUGGUCACGCCUAUGACCAUUGUCAACCCUCCUCAGGUGCAAGAGAUGAAUGCCAGUGAGAACCAGGAGUCUACGUCAACCUCCAUUAAUGGCGGUGAACAUACUAAUUUGCAGAUGCAAGCCUUGUAGGAUUUUGUUAGAUUUUGUAGAAAUGUUUGAAAGAGAAUUUUUUUUGUUUUUUCCUUUCUUGUUCUUUUAUGUUUUAUGGAGCUGGUCAACUUCAUACUGGACUCUGGUGUGCUUGUCAGCAUCUGAAGAGCUGAACCAUCCUAGAUGUUGAUGGGAAUUGAGAAAAAGAAUUCUUUGAGGAAUACAAUACACCUAUGGUGAUGGCAUUGCA